AUGAUGAUGAGAUCUUGUAGAAGAUACAGCACGGGAGUAGAAGCUCUUAUCAAAACUCCCCUCUACAGUCUCCAUGUUGAACAUGGCGCAACGCUGGUCCCUUACGCCGGUUUUGCAAUGCCUGUAUUGUAUAAAGGACAGUCUCACAUUGAGUCUCACAAUUGGACUAGAUCCAAAGUAGGGAUCUUUGAUGUAUCGCAUAUGUUGCAACAUCGUGUCAAGGGUAACUCUGCUGCAGAGUUUCUUCAAAAGAUCACGCCCAGUGACCUCAAAGCACUUGAACCUUUUACCAGUACCUUAUCUGUGUUGCUGAAUGAUCAGGGAGGUGUCAUAGAUGACUGUAUCAUAACUAAGCACGAUGAAAACGAGUUUUACAUUGUCACCAACGCAGGGUGUAGAGACAAAGAUACUGCUUUUAUCAAGGAGGAAAUCAGUCAGUUUGGGAACGCUAGUCAUGAGAAUUUUGAAGGUACUCUGCUAGCCAUUCAAGGCCCUCAAGCCGCUGAAACGUUGCAAAAAUUUACCAAGUUGGACCUCACUAAGCUCUACUUUGGUAAUUCAGCAUUUGCCAAGUUGGAAGGCUUUACAAAUGAUGCGAUACAUAUUGCUAGAUCGGGAUAUACUGGGGAAGAUGGUUUUGAGCUAUCGAUUCCUGUUGACCAUGAGGGUCUAGAGUUCACGAAGGCGUUACUGGAGUUGGAGCAAAUUAAACCUAUUGGGUUGGCAGCAAGAGACUCGUUGAGACUAGAGGCAGGAAUGUGUCUUUAUGGACAUGAACUUAACGAGCAAACCACGCCAGUAGAGUCAUCUUUGAAUUGGUUGAUCGCCAAAUCAAGAAGGACACCAGAAACUGCGGGGUUCAACGGUUCAGACAGGAUUCUAUCUCAGAUUCAAAACCCCAAAUCUGUCUCGUUCAAGCGUGUUGGUAUCCAAUCUAAAGGUCCAUCACCAAGAGAGGGCAACAAAAUAUACUCAUACGAGGAACCAGAUAAGCAGAUAGGAGUUGUAUGUUCUGGAUCCCCAAGUCCUACUCUAGGUGGGAAUGUUGGGCAAGCUUUUAUCCACAAGCCCCAUCAAAAGUCUGGGACCAAAAUAUUGAUUGAGAUCAGGAACAAAAAAAGAGAAGCUCAUGUUGCCAAACUUCCUUUUGUAGCCCCCAAAUUUUAUAAGCCGGAGUGA